CCCAUAACAUGAACACAAAUACAGGAGAGGAGUUGAGAUCCAGUAACCCAACAAAAACCAGCUGGACAGAGCAACAACUUAUCUAAGUGGAUAUAAUACAGCACAAGAAGAGUGACUGCUCCUUCCUCAGCUUGCCACAUGCACUUGCUGUAGUUGGAGGGGAAAUCAGACUGAGUGUGGAAAUCCAGCAGCCGAGUAGCUGUUUAGUCCUGGAACAUGAAGCUUAGUGUGGCGUUGUUCUUUGCAGGGCUCUUUGGGGCUUUGGCAGCUGUGUUUGUCCUGCUUUCCUUUGGAACUGAUUACUGGCUACUGGCCUCAGAGAGUUGCCACCCAAACGCUGAUGCAUCUGUUGGCCCAGGCGAAGUGGCCAAAGAGCGUGGGGAUUUAGUAGUGGGACAGGAAGCUGAUAGUGACAUCACUCUGUACCAUGAGGGUUUCUUCUGGAGAUGCUCCUUUGGAGGCAACAUGGGGGAUGACAACCUGCUGUGGAAACUCUGGUUCACAAAUCAACCACACUCAAAAAUAUGUAUGCCUUCCUACCUUUUUCCAUUCCCUGUGUCUCAUCAAACCCACAACGCCACAGUGUAUGAUUCCGCCAUAAUCUACAGAAGCUUCUGGAGCAUUUUUAUGCUCAUUGGUGUGGCAGCUGUGGCUCUUGCUGGGUUCUUCAUCAUCUGUGCUGCUCCGUUUGCAAGCCAUCGCUUGUAUAAAGUAGGGGGCGGCUUUUUCCUGGCAUCUGGUUUUUUCCUUCUGUGUGUUGUGGUGAUGUACGUACUGUGGCUUCAGGUGUUGGAUGUGGUGGAUGUCUACAUUGAACACCAACGGUCCCUGUGCCCAAAUUUCCAACUUUCCUUCAGCUAUGGUCUGUCCUUCAUGUUUGCACCCAUUGGCAUCUUCUUCUGCCUCCUGGCUGGCCUCCUUUUCCUCCUCAUUGGCCGAACUGUUCAAAUUCAUUGCCACUGAAUAAAAGUUUUUUGCAGUCAGAUUAUAACAUUUUCCCAGUGUUUCUGCCAUGUAAAAACAGGACUUUGUAGAUUCUGUUUGGCAGCUGUGUGGUUUAAAUGUUCUCACAAGCUUGAAGAUUUUGUUCCAAGGAAAUUUUUCAUCUGAUGUUGAGCUCAGAAUUGUCAUCAUUAUUACCAUUACUCCAACCUGAGCAGCUGAGCUAAGUAACAUACAUAAAUGAACACAGUGCAGGUAUGAUCAUGUUUAAAUACCAAUGGCUUUAUUUGAAUGUUGCAUGUUGGGUAUAUCUUCAUCAAUGUUUAUUUUCCUGCACAAACUCAUCUAAUUUGAAUAAAUGAAUUAUUCUCAGGCUUCUGCAGUAAGAUGUAAGCCUUUGUAUUUAUUUCAGGUGUUGUAGAAAACAUGAUGCAGUUUUUAAUGACAACCUUAUAAGCAUGUAAUGUAUAUAUUCUGUAUACAUACUACUAGGAGUCAGUGCUUUUGGAAUGUGUGUCUAAUUAAUUGAUGAUUAGAUCCUGUUUGUUUAAUCCACCAAUUAUAUAUAAAAGAGCUCAAAAACAGCAGUUCAUUGAUCUCUCAAUGCUCCAUCCUUUUCUGUGGCUCGCUGAUUUAUACUGAUGAUGCAUGCAAAAAUUAACUUCAGCUUAGUGCUGAAUUUUUCAUCAAACAGAAGCAUUUGUUUUUUGUGGUUGAUAUUCUGAUGCGUAUUUACAGCUAUGGAACUACUAUGUCUAUGCUCAUAAUAAUCAAAGAAUUUGCCAGCCAGCAUGGUGGUAUGGCUUAACACAUUCAAACCUGACACAAGAUUAGUUUUUUCUCUAUCACAAAUGGGAAUUGUAGAUAAACAUGUUUCUAAAGAGUCACUUCAUUUCUGGAUUUGGAUUAAUUUUUUAAAUGAAUAGUUCUUAAUAUGUUUUUUUUUUUUCCAGCGGUUCAGUUUAAUGGUCAUGUUGUAUCUGGUUCAGCACAAAUUGUCAUGUUUCCAAAAGACACAACAGUUUUUAUGCAGACAAUGUUGUGUUAUUGCUUUGUAUGAUUUCACAGUCCGUCCGGUAUCUCUUCUAUUAUUUGAAGUGUGUUGUUUGAUUGUAAUAAUAUCUGUCAAAUAAAUGUUCUUUUUCUGUGAUCUGUUUGGCAUUAAAAUUAAAAGGUGAAAGCUUUGGUGUAGUGACAAUAUAAUACAACAUUCUAGAAAAACCUGAGGAGGAU